AUGGGUUUAUCGGAGAUCAGGCCACUCAACAACCAAUCCCAUGCCGUGAACGUCGGAGUCGGCUUUGAUCUCAUUGCCAUAGCUGGACUGGAUGACGUCACGUCCACUUUCACCUGUAACGGAUUCCUGUACCUUACGUGGGAGGACCAGCGUUUGGCGUGGGACCCCGCUAAAUAUGGUGGCAUUGAAAUGAUGUCCCCCAUGCCGAUCAGAAUCUGGAGACCUCGGCUUAUUGUGGUCAAUACCGUUGGCGACAGGGACAUCUUUGAGGACGAUAAUGCCCCUACUAUUGUCAUGGCUAAUGGCAGCACGUCAUGGAAACCUGGUGGACUGUUCCCAAUACGGUUUCGAAUGAAAAGGGAGCCAUUCGCCGUUAUGAUGACAACGAUCCUGCCAGCUAUCUUCUUGACCCUCCUCGUCAUCUUUGUCUUUGCUAUACCCGUGGAGUCUGGAGAGAAAAUCAGCUACGGUAUCACCGUGCUCCUGGCUCUGGCUCUGUUCAUGAGCCUCACCAGCUCUAUGGUAUCACGGUCCUCGGCCACCUCCGCCCUCGUCGUUAUCUACAUCUUCAUCCUCCUCGUCGUCUCCGUCCUGGCGGUUAUUGUCUGCAUCAUCGUGGUCGUCUUCCACAACAUGGAGGAGCGAACUGACAAAAACAAAAAGGAAAACAAGAUGGGCAGUCUCCCAACAGUCACCAAAGUCACCGAAAACAAGUGCCCCAGCUCCAAGCUGUCUCUCAAUCGAGUACAUCCUCAACAAACGGAGGAAGCCCAUCUGGACGAGACGUCUGGCACUGCGCAUGCGCCCGCCAUCACUUACAGAAGGAUUGGGCAGCUCAUCAACAAUAUUUCUUUCAAAGUGAGAGGACAGUGUCGACACACCAGACUGAAGGAUUUGCAGUUCAGGAGGUGGUUUUGGAUGCAGAUCAACUUUGCCAUUGCUACAGCACAUACCUUGUGUUUCAUAUGA